CGUUCGAGACAACAACGCAGUGUGUGGUUUGCUAAUAGUUUAAGCUGUCACGAAGUUGUGUGAAAAAUGAGUGCUGUAUGCGUAGGUUUUUCUUGUAUACAGAUAACAUUUUUGUAACUGUUAAAAGUGUAUGAGAUGAUAUUUUGAAAAUUUAUGUUUAAGUGCUUGGAGGUGUAAUGGAGUCUGCAUCACUAAAAUGCAGGAAAUGUCGGAAGAAUGUCCUGGAUUCAGCAAGUCUUUUGGUUAAGGAUUCUUUGGAUGAUAGUAAUGCUGCGUUCUGCAGUAUUUGGCAUGUCAGUGUUGACGCAUUACCUAAUUGGAUGAAAAAGCAAAUAGAAGAGGCCCAGUGGACAAUUGGGAAGCUGAAAUGCCAACACUGUGGGGCUCGCUUAGGGGGCUUUAACUUUGCCUGUAGCUCAAAAUGUUUUUGUGGCCAAGACAGAAUUGUACAUGUGUGUAAGAGAAGGGUUGACUAUGAGGAAAAGGUUUUGUUGCCUAUUUUAAACCCUUCAGAGAAGCAGACACUUUUAAAAGAAAAUACGUUACAGGAGCCCCAAAGCUUGGACAACGGCAUUAAAGUUAGGCCACAAAGGUUAAAUAGAAAUAUGUUUACUCAUGCUGUUGGAUUUAAUAAUGAAAUUAGACAGAUGACUGAACCACUUUGCCUUGAGGAAAGAUCAUGCAACAGGGAUUUCAAAGGGCCUAAUUUGCCAGCAUUUUCUGUGGAUUCAUGGUUAGCUAGUACAAAAUAUGCUGUGGGAGCUACUCAUAGAAAAACUCAUAGCUUGGAUUAUAUUAACAGAGAUGAUUAUGACUGUUCUUCUGAUGGUUCUUAUAAGACUUCUUUUCAUGGAUCAUCUUUGUCUGACUUAUUCGUCAAAACAUCACAACCGUACAGUCAGAAAGCCACUUUAACAGAAGUAAGUACUACAGGAACUCUUGAUGUUUAUGCGAAUAGAAGCAAUUCUGUCACAGUUUCUGAAACUGAUAGACUUUUAAGUCAAAUGAAUGUGGAUGGGGAAGAUGCAUGUAGCAUCACAGUGCAUGCUUCAAGACAUUUCCCUGAACAUGCUGUAAAUGUGACAAGACAGUUGCCUUCAGAAUGUAAUACUGAGGGUGAACUGGAAGUAGAACAUAUCAGUUCUAGUGAAAGCCUUGGGCUAGCUGCUCCAUCAACAUCUUUAGCAGUAGAAAAGAAGUUAAGCAAGAGGGAAAAAAACAAGCAGAAAAGCAUAAGAAGAAAACAACGCAGAAGAGAACGUUGGAUUCUGGAUCAGAAAAAGAUCUCUUGUGAAAAUCUCCCAAGUCUUUAUGAUGAUAUCAGUGUCAGUGACAAGGAACAAUACAUAUGUGCUAUAUGUUUGGAUAUUUAUUUUAGCCCUUACAUGUGUUACCCUUGCCAGCAUAUCUUCUGUGAACCUUGCCUCCGAACUCUUGCCAAAGACAACCGUACCAAGGCUCCCUGCCCACUUUGUAGGAUGAUCAUCUCUGAUGUCCUUUUCCAGUCAGAACUGAACCAUGCUGCAGAAACACGCUUUCCAAAAGAAUACUUGUUAAGAAAACAGAGUUUUCAGAGAAAAAAUUAUACCAAAUUGCCCCUUCCCAGCUCAGGAAAAUUCUUUAAUUUUUUCAGAGGUUUUAGAAGACAUGCUAAUCCUGUCUCAAGAAGACUUUUGCCACAUGGUGGUUACAGAUUGGACACUAUGGAAGGUGACACUCGAGGAUGGCAAUUUGACAUUGACACGACGAUCAUCUGCUUGUACUCAGUUAACUGGAUUCUUGUAUUCAUUAUAGUCUGUUAUUUGUGUUACAUUGUCAUUUAUUGUUAAUAGUAAAGUAUCUGCUGUGUUCAUUAGACAACGAUAGCAAAGGGAAAAACUUUUGCUUAAUCAACACUUUCUUUAACAUUUUACACAAGCUUUGUUCUGUACCUGAUAAAGCACAUAUGAAAUGAGGGGUUUUGCUCUAUGAAACUAAUUGCACAAGGUCCAGCAUACUGGUUUAUUUCAUAGUUGUGGAUGCUCAGGAGCUAUAUUAGAAUAGUGUUAGUUGAAAACUGAAUGUUAUACUUUAUAUUAAUAUACAUAUAAUCAUAUUAUUUAGUGUAUUUCAUAUUAUUUAUUAAGUGUUAAAUCUAUCUGAAUCAUUAAAAACUAUCAAAUAGAUGCGUACAGUGGCUUACUGAUGAGUUUUCUACAGACUUGAUAUAGGAGUCUUACACUGAAACUUACAGGAAGGAAAUACUGUAGUAAAAUAACCAUUUUUUUUAUUUGUUUCUAAUUAAAAAAUUGAAUGAGCAUGUGUUAAACAACUUGAUGAAUGUAAAACUUUUACAUUUCUUGAGCACAAAAAGCCUAUUAAUUCACCCAUUGCUUUAAUCUGAUUAGUCAGAUUCAAACCUAUAGUCAUGCACAAGUCAUGACCAAAUCCCAGACUACACAGCAGCACAGUAUAUUGCAGGGCACACUCACUCAAUUACUGGCUAAUUUACAGUCUCCAAUUAGCUUAUCAGUCUUGUUUUUAUAAUGUGUUGAAAACCUAAAAUAAAAUGCCAUUCAUAAUUAUUUUAAAAGAUUAAUGUUCCCACUGGUUUUCUCCGGGCGUUCCGGUUUCCUCCCACAGUCCAAAGACAUGCCGGUUAGGUGGAUUGACGAUUCUAAA